AGCCCUUGGUCUGUCCGGCGAGUGGCCCCCAGGGGUACAGGUGGGGCCAAGAAGGCCGGAGAGGGCCGGGGUGCCGGAAGCAGGAAGAAGUGCUUGGAGAGAGCCUCUGAGGGCGUCUGGUCUCCCCAGAUCCCAGGAAGGGGAACGUCUCGAUCCAGCCCCCAAGGUGAUUCCAUCUGCCCAGUGACUCCCGAAGGCCUGGUGGCUGCCCUAAAACCCCAGGACGGCCCAGGAAGGGACUGGAAGGAGGGGAACUGGCCCAUCCCUGGGGAGCCCAGGCCUCUGGGGCCCGAGGACAGAGAUCAGCCAGAGGACCUGGGAGUUUCAUGGUCGGCCAAUGGCAGCCCGGCAAGGAGUAGAGGCCCCAUCCCUGCCUCUGGAGCCAUCAGCUUCUCAUCAGCCCCCUCCCAAAGCCACCCGGUCACAGCCACGGUGGCCCCCUUCCAGUACAGGCUGCAGGCAGACAAGGACCCCAACUCUGCCUCCUUGGACAGCUUUGCCCUUGAGGACCACUGCAGCCCCUCUGAUGAUGACCUCCAAAGCUUAGGCGUCCGGGUCUCCCAUGGUUGCCCGGCGGGCAGGAUGCUGGGCGCCAGCCUCGAGAGCCUGCAGCAGCAGCAGCCGGAGGCGGAGCUGAGCGGCGGGCAGGGGGCGGAGGGGCCGCGGGCAGCCGGGCAAGGCUCCGUCCAGGCCGUCAUGCAGAAGCGGCCCAAGGCGUCCGGCGGGGUGACCAAGGCCGGUCCGGGCUCCGGCCCCGGCCCCGGCCCCGGCCCCGGCGAGCUCAAGGUCUUCAAGUCGGGGAGCGUGGACGGGGGUCGCCCAACGCAGCCCCCGCAGCCCCCGCCCGCCUCCAACCUCCGCAAGCAGAAGUCCCUCACCAACCUGACCUUCCUGACGGACGCCGAGAAGAAGAUGCAGCUGUACGAGCCCAAGUGGAGCGACGACCUGGCCAGGACGGCCAAGGACCUGGGCCGGCCCGGCCCCCGGCCCCGGGACCCCCCGCUCCUGUCCAAGACGCUGUCCAAGUCGGAGCACUCGCUCUUCCAGGCCAAGGGCGGCCCCGGCGGGGGGAAGCUGGCCCCGCUGGCCCCGCUGGCCCCGCUGGGCCCCGGCCUGGGCAAGCCCAGCCGCAUCCCCCGGGGCCCCUACGCCGAGGUCAAGCCCCUGAGCAAGGCCCCCGAGGCCGGCCCGGGCCAGGACGGGGGACGCUCGGACGACGAGCUGCUGUCCGGCAAGGCCAAGGCCCACAGGGGGGCUCCGACCCCGGCCCCGGCGGGCCAGGGCCAGGGCCAGGGCCAGGGCCCGGGCCCGGCCGAGCGCGCCUUCCUCAAGGUGGACCCCGAGCUGGUGGUCACCGUCCUGGGGGACUUGGAGCAGCUGCUCUUCAGCCAGAUGUUGGAUCCUGAGUCCCAGAGGAAGAGGACGGUCCAGAAUGUGCUGGAUCUUCGACAGAACCUGGAAGAGACCAUGUCCAGUCUGCGAGGGUCACAGGUGACUCACAGCUCCCUGGAGAUGACCUGCUAUGACAGCGACGAGGCCAACCCCCGCAGUGUCUCCAGCCUCUCCAACCGCUCCUCCCCGCUCUCUUGGCGCUAUGGCCAGUCCAGUCCCCGCCUUCAAGCAGGGGAUGCACCCUCGGCAGGCACUCCAAGCUGGUACCUGCCCGGCGAGCGGACCCACUAUGCCCACACCAUGCCCAUGCGCACCCCCAGCAAGCUCAGCCACAUCUCCCGCUUGGAGCUGGUCGAGUCCCUGGACACUGAUGAGACGGACCUCAAAUCUGGCUACAUGAGCGACAGUGACCUCAUGGGAAAGACUGUGACUGAGGAUGAUGACAUCACCACCGGCUGGGAUGAAAGCAGCUCCAUCAGCAGCGGGCUCAGCGAUGCCUCGGACAACCUCAGCUCAGAGGAGUUCAAUGCCAGCUCUUCACUCAACUCUCUCCCUUCCACCCCAACGGCUUCCCGGAGGAACUCCACCGUAGUGCUGCGCACCGACUCGGAGAAACGCUCACUGGUAGAGAGCGGGCUCAGCUGGUUCAGUGAGGCGGAGGAGAAGGCUCCCAGGAAACUGGAGUACGACAGUGGCAGCCUCAAGAUGGAGCCCGGAGCCUCCAAGUGGCGGCGGGAGCGGCCCGAGAGCUGCGAGGACUCCCCCAAAGGUGGGGAGCUGAGGAAGCCCGUCAGCCUGGGGCCGCCCGGCUCCCUGAAGAAGGGCAAGACUCCUCCCGUGGCCGUCACCUCCCCCAUCACCCACACGGCCCAGAACCCGCUCAAGGUAGCAGGCAAGCCUGAAGGGAAGGCCCCGGACAAGGGGAAACUGUCAGUGAAGAACGCAGGCCUGCAGCGCUCCUCUUCAGACGCGGGCCGGGACCGCCCGGCGGAUGCCAAGAAGCCUCCUUCAGGCAUCGCCCGCCCUUCCGCCUCGGGCUCCUUCGGCUACAAGAAGCCACCCCCCGCCACGGGCACAGCCACGGUGAUGCAGGCAGGUGGCUCGGCCACCCUCGGCAAGCUCCAGAAGACGUCGGGCAUUCCAGUGAAGCCCAGCAAUGGGCGCAAGACCAGCCUGGAUGUGUCCAACGCUGGGGAGCCUGGGUUCCUGGCUCCCGGGGCCCGCUCCAACAUCCAGUACCGUAGCCUGCCCCGACCGGCCAAGUCCAGCGCCAUGAGCGUGACCGGGGGCCGGGGGGGGGCCCGCCCUGUCAGCAGCAGCAUCGACCCCAGCGCCCUCAGCACCAAGUCCGGAGGAGGCCUCCCAGCCUCACGCCUGAAGGAGCCGGCCAAAGUUGGGGGUGGGCGGGCCCCGCCCGCCCCAGUGAACCAGACGGACCGGGAGAAGGAGAAGGCCAAGGCCAAAGCAGUGGCCCUGGAUGCGGACUGCCUCUCGCUGAAGAGCGUAGGUUCUCCAGAGAGCAUCUCCAAGAGCCAGGCCGGCCUCCCGGCCAGCCCUAAGGGGGCUGAGCUGCCUCCAACCCCGCUCAGGACCACAGCCAAGAGCUUCAUUAAGCCACCCUCACUGGCCAACCUGGACAAGGUCAACUCCAACAGCCUGGACCUGCCAUCCUGCAGCGACCUCCACGCCCCCAAGAUCCAGGAGCUGCACACGACGGGCUCCGGGGCAGCCAGCCACCUCCCCUCCUGUUUUACCCCCAGCCCUGCCCCCGUCCUCAACAUCAACUCAGCCAGCUUCUCCCAGGGCCUGGAGCUCAUGGGGGGCUUCAGUGUUCCUAAGGAGCCCCGCAUGUACCACAAGCUCUCGGGCCUGCACAGGAGCAUGGAAUCUCUCCAGAUGCCCAUGAGCCUGCCCAGUGCCUUCCCUGGGGGUGUCCCACCUCCUGCCCCGCCCACUGCCCCGCCUGCCCCUCCGGAAGAAGAGGUGGCAGAGGUGGCCUGGAGCGGGAGCCCGAGAGCCGGGCAGCUGGACAGUAACCAGCGGGAUCGAAACACUCUUCCCAAGAAGGGGCUAAGAUAUCAGCUUCAAUCCCAGGAGGAGGCCAAGGAACGACGGCAUUCCCACACCAUCGGGGGACUGCCUGAGGCCGAUGACCCAUCAGAGCUGCCCUCGCCCCCAGCUCUCUCCAUGUCACUGGGUGGGAAGAGCCAACUAACCAACAUAGUGAGUCCCACAACAGCCACAACGCCAAGAAUCAGCCGCUCCAACAGCAUCCCCACCCACGAGGCCGCCUUCGAGCUCUACAGCACUUCCCAAACGGGCAGCACCUUGUCCUUGGCUGACAGACCCAAGGGGAUGAUCCGGUCUGGAUCCUUCCGAGAUCCUUCUGACGACGUUCAUGGUUCAGUGCUGUCCUUGGCUUCCAGUGCCUCGUCCACCUACUCCUCGGCUGAGGAGAGGAUGCAGUCUGAGCAAAUCCGGAAGCUGCGCCGGGAGCUGGAAUCGUCGCAGGAGAAGGUGGCCACCCUGACAUCCCAGCUGUCUGCCAACGCCAACCUCGUGGCCGCGUUCGAGCAGAGCCUGGUGAACAUGACAUCCCGCCUGCGUCACCUUGCAGAGACCGCAGAGGAGAAGGAUACGGAGCUGUUGGAUCUGCGUGAGACGAUCGAUUUCCUCAAGAAGAAGAACUCGGAGGCCCAGGCGGUGAUCCAGGGGGCCCUGAAUGCCACCGACAUCACGCCAAAGGAGCUGCGAAUCAAGCGGCAGAACUCUUCGGACAGCAUCUCCAGCCUCAACAGUAUCACCAGCCACUCCAGCAUCGGCAGUGCCAAGGACUCCGAUGCCAAGAAGAAGAAGAAGAAGAGUUGGGUCUAUGAGCUGCGCAGUUCCUUCAACAAAGCCUUCAGUAUCAAGAAAGGCCCCAAGUCUGCCUCCUCGUACUCUGACAUAGAAGAGAUCGCCACACCAGACUCCUCUGCCCCGUCCUCCCCCAAGCUGCAGCGGGGCUCCACCGAGGCGGCCUCUCCCUCCAUCAAAUCAUCCAACUCCUCCUCCGUGGGCGGCGCUGAUGUCGCCGAGGGCCCCGUCCCCUCCGCUUCCCCUGCCAGGAUGUUCCACGCCCACGAGGAGGAAGAAGAGGAGGAGGAGGAGCCGGAGAAGAAGGAGGUGUCGGAGCUGCGCUCCGAGUUGUGGGAGAAGGAGAUGAAGCUGACCGAUAUCCGUCUGGAGGCCCUCAAUUCCGCCCACCAGCUGGAUCAGCUCCGGGAGACCAUGCACAACAUGCAGCUGGAGGUGGAUCUGCUAAAGGCUGAAAACGACCGGCUGAAAGUGGCCCCGGGCCCAUCCAGCUCCACCCCGGGGCAGGUCCCCGGCUCCUCCGCUGCUUCCUCCCCCCGUCGUUCCCUGGGCCUCGCCCUUGCCCACUCCUUCAGCCCCGUCCUCCCAGACACAGACCUGUCACCCAUGGAGGGGAUCAGCACCUGCGGCCCAAAGGAGGAGGUGACCCUGCGGGUGGUGGUCCGCAUGCCCCCCCAGCACAUCAUCAAGGGGGACCUAAAGCAACAGGAGUUCUUCCUGGGCAGCAGCAAGGUCAGCGGGAAGGUGGACUGGAAAGUGCUGGAUGAGGCUGUGUGCCAAGUGUUCCAGGACUACAUCACUAAGAUGGACCCGGCCUCCACACUGGGCCUGAGCACUGAGUCUGUCCACGGGUACAGCAUCAGCCACGUGAAGCGGGUGCUGGACGCCGAGCCCCCCGACCUGCCCCCCUGUCGCCGUGGUGUCAACAGCAUCGCCGUGUCUCUCAAAGGUCUGAAGGAGAAGUGUGUGGACAGCCUGGUGUUUGAGACCCUGGUCCCCAAGCCCAUGGUGCAGCACUACAUCAGCCUCCUGCUGAAGCACAGGCGCCUGGUCCUGUCGGGCCCCAGCGGCACGGGCAAGACCUACCUGACCAACCGGCUGGCCGAGUACCUGGUGGAGCGGUCCGGGCGGGAGGCCACCGAGGGCAUCGUCAGCACGUUCAACAUGCACCAGCAGUCCUGCAAGGACCUGCAGUUAUACCUCUCCAACCUGGCGAACCAGAUCGACCGGGAGACGGGCAUCGGGGACGUGCCCCUGGUCAUCCUGCUGGAUGACCUGAGCGAGGCGGGCUCCAUCAGUGAGCUGGUGAACGGGGCCCUCACCUGCAAAUAUCACAAAUGCCCCUACAUCAUCGGCACGACCAACCAGCCUGUGAAGAUGACACCCAACCAUGGCCUGCACUUAAGCUUCAGAAUGUUAACCUUCUCCAACAAUGUGGAGCCUGCCAAUGGCUUCCUGGUGCGCUACCUGCGGCGGAAGCUAGUGGAGUCGGACAGCGACAUCAACGCCAACCGGGAAGAGCUGCUGCGGGUGCUGGAUUGGGUGCCCAAGCUGUGGUACCACUUGCACACCUUCCUGGAGAAGCACAGCACUUCGGACUUCCUCAUCGGUCCCUGCUUCUUCCUGUCCUGUCCCAUCGGCAUCGAGGAUUUCCGCACCUGGUUCAUCGACCUGUGGAAUAACUCCAUCAUCCCCUACCUGCAGGAGGGAGCCAAAGACGGGAUCAAGGUCCAUGGACAGAAAGCCGCCUGGGAAGACCCGGUGGAGUGGGUCCGGGACACCCUCCCCUGGCCCUCCGCCCAACAGGACCAGUCCAAGCUAUACCACCUGCCCCCACCCAGCGGAGGCCCCCACAGCACAGCCUCACCCCCUGAAGAGCGGACCGCCAAGGACAGCACUCCCAGCUCUCUGGAUUCGGACCCUUUGAUGGCUAUGCUGCUGAAGCUCCAGGAAGCUGCCAACUACAUCGAGUCCCCAGAUCGUGAGACCAUCUUGGAUCCCAACCUCCAGGCCACCCUCUAGAGGCUCCGCAGCCAGGGUGGCCCUGGAGGGCAGAGUCAGCCGGCCUCAGCGGCAGCCUCUCUUCCUCCUCCUCCUCUCCCUUCUCCUCCUCUCCCUUCUCCUCCUCCUCUUCUUUAGGAGCACUGGCAUCUCCAGGCCAGAGGAGGGACCCCGGGGAGUAUGGAUUGGGAGGGGAAGGAAUGGGUUUUUGGUGCUGUAGCACCUUUGAGGACUUCCUGGUGGGGUGGGAAUAGGGGGAUCCUAUUCCCCAAGAUCAACAGACUGGCUUCCUCUCAGGACUUUGGGAAGAGGAGGAUUCUGGGUUUUUUUUUUUUCUUGUUUUCCUGUCUCGAUUCUGGACUCCUGGGCUUCACGGAGUGGUUGAGAAGGGUAUCGGCGAAAACCUGGCAGGGGUGUGUAUAGGUUAAUAAUGGCUGCUUGGAGGGAAGGCUCAAGUAGUGAACUCUGGGAUUGCAGGGGGUGGUGGAGGGGCAGAAAGCCUCUCGGCACCUCACCCCCCUGUUCUCCUCCUCCUCCUCCCCGCUACCAGCCCCUCUCCCCGAAGACGUGAAAGGAGCCCUGAGCAAGAAGCAUGUGGUUUAAAAAAACAAAAAAAGUUUUCAUUCAAGUCAAUAAAAGCGUUAGAAACCAAACAGAAAAGAUGAACCUGGAGAGGGGAAGUGCUGAGCCCGGUAGAGAGAGCCGGCUGGCCACUCACCCACACAGCCGACGCCAGAAUGGCCCAGGCAGACCAACAGACAGCCACCGGCGCAAGCCAGCCCCCAGCCGCCCCCCACACCAUGGCUGCCAGGCCCUCAAGGAAGGACUGUCCUACUCUGCUUUUGUACCUUCUAAUUUAAACGUGCAUGAGGACCGCCAAUAAACCCAGCCUUUUGUUUUGUUCCCCUCCAUUUUUCCUAUUUAUUCCCCUCCCCACCUUCCCCCUGCCCACCCCACCUCCUCUUGUUUUAGCCUGGUUUGGUUUGGUUUGUUUUGCUGCUUUUUCUGUUCCCUCAAAAACCAGGGGCCUCGGGCCCUCCGGCUCAGGGUUUUCCUCUUGCGGUUUCUCUCCGUCCGACUGUUGCUGCUCAGAACUCUGUAGGGCGAAGACGCCUGCCUCCAGGAUCUCCCUCCGAGCUCCGGCAAGAAGACGCCGGCCCACCGGAAUGGAGGGAUGGCGGCAAGGUGACGCAGCCCUACCUCUCUGCCCUCUUCGAGAAAGCACAAGCUCCGGGCCCCGCCGGACGUUAGCCCCACCAGGAAACCCUCCCGGGGAACUGGGAAUGUCAUCUUGCUGCGGGCUGGGCCCGGCCCUUCCGCUUUCCCCGCAUCGGCCCGGCGGCGGCCGGUUGCCAUCAAAGCCCACCCGGCUUGGGAAGCCAGACGGGACUCACCUUCUCCCUCCAUUCCACGCCUUGGUUCCUGGCCACACGGGCGGGCUUUGGGGUGGCCAGUGCCCGCCAUGUCUCCUGCCUUGGUCUCAACUGCGACCAAGGUCCACGGUCCCCAGCGUGCCGGACGCCUCAGGGAAGCGGCCUCAGGUUCUUCCCCGGGGCUGACGGGAGCAGGAACCCGGCCCGCUGCUGGCGAGUGGUUGUUGACCUCCACCUCCCAUGAGGCUGACAUCUCUGGUUCCAAAGGAUCCCACAGGGCCGAGCUUGGUCCUUUCCCUCUAGACUAAAAUGGGGCCCAAGGUUUUGUCCCAAUCUUGUCAGGAGCUCCAUCCUGGAGGGUCCCGUGGUAUCACUGUCCCACCUGCCCCUCAGAGGCCGGUCCCCUCUGGCCCGGCUCCCCCAAACAAGAAACGGCCGGCAUCAACAGAGCCCCACCCGAUGGCUCCCCUGGCUGGAAGAGCCCGGAGCCUGUGGGGACCCCACUGCUGCUGCUCCCUCCCACCUCUGCAAGCUGUGAAGAAGCACCUCCCCGCCCCACAACAUCCAACACAGUUUGUUGAAAAUAUGCAAUUCUGGACCGAUCAGAGGCCGUUUGUCCGAGGACGGUGCUGUCAUCCACUGCCUUAAUGCUCCACCCGGCUGACGGGAGCACGGCUCUCUCCCGGCUCAGAGAUGGGAGAGGAGGGGCCUGAGACCACCCCGAGCUCUGAUCACACUCCUGGAGAGAUGUCUCUGGGCAGGUGGGAGCGUGGCAGGGAGAGCACUCCCCUCUUUCUCUUCGGGUGCUGCCCAGCCAGUGCCUUCUGCCCAGAUGUUCCCGGCAGUUGAGAGGAGGGAGAGAGGAGCUUCCUCAGAUCUCCCCGCAACUCCCGCCCAACCCCUUCUGCCUCGGGACCUAGGUCUCCCCACCCCCUAGAGUAUCGACAACCCCAAGGGACUGCCAGCAGGCUCGGUUCGUCCCUGUCUCACUCGCUGUGUCUUUCUGAGUCCGGAAAAGGGAGAAGAUUCAACUGUAAAGGGAACCGGUCGCUCCACCAUUCUGGGCUCUGAGCCUCCUGCCCUUCCUCUGCUGCAUUCAGACCAGCCUCCCCCGGGGAACUCCCCCGGGCCGAGAGAUGAACCGGCCUCCAGAACCCCGGGACUCUGCUGCCACUUGCUCCCCUGGGCCCCUGACCCUAGAAGCAGUCGUCCUGCAGAGGAGAAACUGCAGGCUUGUAGCAGCUGCAGACAAUUCGGGUCUGCCUGUUCAUGGUGCUAUGACCCUUGGGACCUUGACCCUCGCCUCGCCUCCUUCUUCUCACCAUCCCCCUCCUCCUGCCAGACUCCUCAGAGAUGGGGGGGGACUCGCUUCACCCUGGCUCCUUUCAGGGAACUGGAGAACUCACUCCGCUAACAGAGGAUAAAGUGGAGUUUGUAACCUGGCCCUGGACCCCAGGAACUUUCAACAAGAGGCUGGCAAUGAUACUGCCCUCCUGCUCGGCCGGGGGAUCGCACGAAUUGAAUUCCCUCCCCACCUUUCUCGGGGGAAAUCCAGACCUUCCUGCUCCCCCUCUCCUCUGACUGAAAACAGACAACAGGACGACAAAUGGAGUUGUGUCCCUAACCCAGCCUCUCAAAACCACCCAAUUAAAAGGGAGUUUAAGCUGGCAGGACCAUCUCAGCUGGCCAGUCACAAGCCAGCUCAGGACAUGAAUGUUUCUGUCCCUUUAGGCCAGAUCAGCAGGCUUCUUUCCUCUCCUCCGAGAUCACCUCCUCGGGGGAGACUUCCCAGGAAACAACCGGUACAGUUCUAAGGUGCUCACAUCUGCGUCCAUGUGUAAACGUGUGUGCGCGUGUCCUUGUUGUGUUACCAAACCAUCAUUUAAGGAGCCUCCUACGGGAUUGGAUAGAGGAGAAGAGGGAUUCCAGAAGCCCGAUGGGCGGGGUGAGGGGACAGAUAGCUUCUGCAGUCUGUUGACUGGAUUCCUGCAGAGGUUUGAACAGAAAACAUGGCUAUCUGUGAAACCGCAGCAUUCUGGGAUUUGAGGAAGUUGGGGCUUGGGAACUUUCCCUGGCUAGGGCCUCCCCAAAGAGCUAGCUCUCCCAACCACUUCACCUCCAGUUUCCUGGAGACUUGGUAUCCAUGAUCUGCCUCUCCCAAAUUCCUACACUCUUAGAUCCAGAAUCGAAGGGUGAGGGGGUCCCUGCUCUGGGGACCAGAGGAAGGAGACUCAUGUUUCUCAAUUCUUUUGCCUGUCACCCAUCUAAUGUGGAUCUCCGAUAUUGCAAGUUCCUCCAAGGACACUGGAAGUGGCCCUUUUCUAGUGCUAGAGAUUCUCCUGACCCUUCUCCUUUCACUGACUCGAUGGUGGGGUGGGAGGGCCUUCAGGGUUGGGUCUAGAAAGAUCCAGAAGCCAAGGACUGCUGUCUAGAGAGGAUUGAUGCUCUCUAGUUGGAGGAAAUGGCCACUCGGGUAGACUGGGGGGUCCUGGGCCUUGGGUCAGGGUGCUCCCAUUCUCACCAAGGCAGAGGCGACCAGAGUCAAACUCUACUCCCUGUCCACUCCUUCCCAGCCAGUCAAGAUGGGGUUGGGUUUUCUAAUGGUUUUUCCUGGCUCCGUCUCCAGCUAGGCCGUGGCUGAGUGACAGGCCAGCAGGAAGCUCAGCUUUAUUCCCUUGGGGAUUGAAGAAGAGAGAAAGAAUGAGCUAAAGGAGUGAUCCAGGAGGGAGAAAUCAAGUGGGUUUCCUGUUCCUCCUCCAGGGCUGAUCUAGGCCCUCUCCUCUCCCAAGGUGGGCCAGACCUCUUCUAGUCGAGUCCAGGGUGGAGGGAAAGGAGACUCUUUUUUCCUUUGUAAACCUGCUGUCCCCAGAUUGGGGGAGGGAAAGAAGGGAAAGGGCUACAAGAGAGGUUCUAACGGAACCGAGACUGCAGAAAAGAAAUCAUCUUUACUUCUGUUUAGGUCUUUUCCUCACCAUGCUCAGUGCCCUGUCAGGAGGAGAAAUCAAGGUAUCCCAGCGGGACUAGUUCCUUUUGGUUAUGAAGAGGGAUGUGGGGAGUGAGGAAAAAAAUCAUCCUUCCAGACUAUACAGUUUAGUAUCACAGCUGACCAGACAACGUGACCUCCCCCUAGACAAAGAGGGAGGAAAGGUGAGGCAGAAGCUGUUUAAGUGGCCCUCUCCUUAUGAGGGAGGAUCCCAACACCUUUUACGGCACAAUCACAAUUCCUACCCCACCCCCAUCAGAAAAACCUGGGAACCCUCCUUCUCUCCCAGAAUGAGGAGGGGCCCACAGGUUAAGAGAUCAAACAGGUGAAAGGGGAACACCUGGUGGGGCUGGGGAAUAGACGAGGAGGAGCCAGGUGAAAUUGCUUCAGAGCAGGCCAUUGAAAGGAAAUGGAGGGAAAAAUGCUUCCAUUUUAGAAAAGGUCCACCACCCAGUUCAGAUCUAUAAACCCAAAGUAGUGAUUUUUUUUAAGGGCUGUGAUUUAAGCAACUCUCUGAUUCUUGGUUGGUUAGUUUCCCAGUGACCUGUACCUAUGGGGAGGCUAUGCACUCUAUAAUCCGAGGAAACUAACACAGAGGACACUAAGUGGCAAUCUGAGAAUUACAGUUACUUGAACACAUGCUACUGAGUUUAAACAAAUAAAUAAAACCUUAUAAGCAGCCUUGCGGUUCCCCUGCAGAAUGGGUGAAUUGGGCUCCUUGUUACUGAUGUUGUUGGUAGGUGGAUUACACCUUCAGUUCCUUUCUAAUCACUGGUCUCCUAUAUGCUGGAGAGCCGGUUAUCCAAAUCACAGCUCCCCUGCUGAGUGGUUAUCCAAACCAUGGUCAGUUGGGAUUUUUAAAACAUGUGGAUAAUUAAACAUAACUGGGCAAAAGCCUGUCAGAGCUCACUAAACCUAUUUUUAUCCCAUUUUCUGAAUGUGAGAUGAUUUGAACUUGGUUUGGAUAAUUGGCUGUCUCCCGUAGUUGGCAAUCUUCAGCUAAAGAAAGGCUGGUGCCAUGUGGAGUGACCUGAAGCCACUUUGAAGUGUCCCACCUUCCCACAUCAGAGCUCUUUUGUGGCGAGAUCCCCGUUCCCCCCCGCCCCCGCCCAACAGAUUCAUAGCUGCAUUCCCUCCCCAUCUUAGGCUCUAAACUGGUUCUGUUCCCCUCUCAGAACCUCCCUCUUCUCAGACACAAGUCCCAUUCUCUUAGGAAUUCCUGGACCUCCAAGGAGAGUCCAAGAACCUGCAGAGGACUGGAGAGAGGGAAAGGUGAUAAUUCAUUUUCCAAGCUUUAAAACACCCUCUGGCAGGGCUGGGGUCCCUGGAUCCUGAGUCACAUUGCUCCCUUUCUCUUUGCCCCCACAUUUUCCCACCCCUCGGGCUCGGGUAUGUGGCUUGAAAGAGAAAUGCAGGAGACCUGAGGCUAGUGAACUUGCCUGAAAAAUGGAUUCCGAAGGGACCUGGCCUUUGUACCAAAUUCAGACAGAUCUUUAAUCCAGAGGGAAGGGUAGGAGCUUGUUCUGAUUUGGAUCCUGAGUCAGCUGUGAACAGCUGGUACAUGGGCGAGACCUGCCCUAAACAGUUGGCAUGGAUCUUUCAGAGCAGCUUCUCCCCUGGCCCUUUGUGCUAAGGGCCUGGAGGAAGCUCUAAAGCCUCACGGAUGGGAGCUAGGCAAAUUGCACUAAAAUCACCUGUUGCUCUGCCCGCCAGGGUAGUAUCCCCGGCCCCUCACCCUUGGCCAUUUCCCUGUGUCUGGGGCUCCGGGGCCAGAGGCAGGCGGGGUGGGGUCUCCAUGGAGGCCCAGACGGUCUUUGAGCUGCUGCUGAGCGGCAGCUCCCCGUCACCCAGCAUUCAUUUUUUCUAGAACAAAACACCCAACUUUUCUUUGGAUGAGAGCCACCCCUCGGGGCCCCCGUCCUGUUUGUGCUGAGCUGUGUCCAUGGCGGAGCCCAUGUUCUCUAAAUGCGUGGUGUCCCCCAGCUAGAGGGGCAAAGGAGCAGCGGGAGGAAGGAGAUGACCUUUUGUACCACUUCUUUUUAAUUUCUUGGGGAAAAAAACAAAGACAAAAAAUAACAAACAGGGCCCUGGAAACGUGUGCGUGUAUGCGAGUGUGUGUGUGUGUGUGUGUGUGCGUGUAUGAGAACAUGUGUGCGUGCAUGCAUGUGUGUCUUCCCUGUCUGUCAUCAGCUUCCCUUUCCCCCCUGCCCCCUUUUUAUCUGACGUAGACAAAGCAAAACCCAACUUGGAAAGCCAACAGUUGUACAUAGUUGCGGUAACAAUCAUGAAGAGAGCUGUGGGGACUCGUUUUCCUUAAGACGUUGAUUGAAAAUCAUUGGAAAAACCAGGAAUCCACGCCUGGGUCUCAUAGAAAAGCCUCCCUCCAUCAUCACGGCCUCUGCUGCCUUCUCUCUAACCCAGGCAUGUCUUCUCUCAGCUAGAUUCAUCUGUCUGAUGCCAUUUAAGUUUAAAUAAAGUUAUCUCCUGUAUUGUC